AUGGUUUCCUCAACAUCACUACUUUUCCUCCUAUCUACCAUUUUUAUACUCACUGCCCAAGCUGUCGCGCGACCAGACUUCCUUUAUUACUUUUGUAUACACGACAAGGGUGGAAACAGCGCCGGUAAUAGCAGCUACGAGGCAAACUUCAGUGACCUCCUCUUCUCCCUCUCCGCCAUCACCGAAAUCGACCGUGGGGUCUCCCAUUACGCUUACGGCCAAAACUCCGACCAAGUAUACGCAAUUGGGUUUUGUAGAGGAGAUGUUAACCUACAUGCUUGCCGUGGUUUCCUCAACGACGCUGCGUUUCUUCUCACCGAGCGCUGUCCCCAGCAAAAGGAGGCAAUUGGAUGGUACGACGAAUGUAUGCUGCGCUACUCAAAUCGCUCCAUUCGUGGCGCCGAGAAAACUAGUCUGAAAUUCUUUAUGUGGAACCUGUAUAACAUGUCGGCCAAUUACGAUCUUAGAACCCCUUUGGAGAGACGAAGAGGUAGAGCCGCCGCAGGUGGUCUUGAUCUUAUGUUUGCAGCAGGAAAUGGAAUCCCUUCAUUAUAUGCACUUGCGCAGUGCAUAUCUGAUUUGUCUGAGCAAGAAUGCAACGAUUGCUUACUUGGGGCUUUUGAAAGCAUUCCACAAUGUUGUGAUGGGAAGGAAGGUGGGAGAGUCGUGAGACCCAGCUGUAAUAUCAGGUUUGAGGUCUACCCGUUCUAUAACCUUACAACUGCUUCGUCACCAAGAACAUCGACCAAUACAAAUAACAGAGAAGCGCACGAUAGAUCUCUAAUUUUCGUGAUCAUCAAUAAGUUUGUGGUAGCUAUUGCUUCCGUGGUACUAAUCAUCUCCACAGGCAUCUAUUUAAGCGUGAAGGGGCAAAGGAAGAACGAUGAAAGUAAGUGA